AGGUGCAGAGGACAGCGAAGCACGAGGAUAGUAAAUAAAACAAAGGGCUGGAUCCAGUCAACACUGAUAAUGGGAGACCAAACUUUAAGAAAAUGUCUUCCUCAGAAGAAGAGUUGGAUCUUUCUUUUCUUGACUUUAUUGGUUUUAUGGGUCAUUUUUUACAGUGUGAACUUCACUGAUCACAUAAUCUGUACAUUAGCAGAGUUAAAGGAGAAAAUCCCAGCCACCAAAACAUUGAAACGUCCCACUGAGCCUCAAAACCAUAGAGCUGUUUGCUCUUUCCAAUCUGUGUUCCCCGAGGAUGUUCCUGAGUCUGAUUUUUUAAAGGACUACAUUGCCUGGCCUGAAACACCAUCCCUACCAUCUAACUUUUCUCUGAUUGACACUAGCAAUGCUGCACACAGCACUUUCACAAUUCUCCCUCGUAAUGGAGGAGGAACCUGGAAUGUAGGAGAUCAACUGAAAGUGUUGAUAGAAAUGAACGACUUCAAAGGUCGACACAAGAAGUCUGGUGGAGACCUUAUAUUUGCUCGACUGCACAACCCGACUGUUCGUGCAGGUGUGGUGGGGGAAGUGCUUGAUCAUCGAAAUGGUUCCUACACUGCUGUAUUCCCUUUGCUCUGGGAAGGAAGUGCACAAGUGGAGGUGAUCCUGAUCCACUCCAGUGAGGCAGUCAAAGUGAUAGAAAGGGUCAAUUUGGAAUACCCUGGCAGAAUUUUUUUCCGAAGCCUUUUCCGUUCAGGCUCAGUCACUGAAGCUACCAAUUGUAAUGUGUGCCUUAUGGCACCGCCAGAGCAGCUGUGCAACUUCACUGAUCUCAACACAGGCGAGCCCUGGUUCUGCUACAAGCCAAAGACACUCAGAUGUGAGCACAGGAUCACCCACUCUUUCGGAGGUUUCAAACUAAACCCAAUGCAAAAGGAGAAAAAGCUCUUUCAAAUGUGAGUAUAA